AUGAGUUAUUUUUCACAUUUGUGUGUUGGAAGCAAGCCCUCUUCACGAAGCGAGCCUCCGUUUUGCCAACCAUGGGAGCUGCCAGAUAACUUCUCUUUGAACUAUGACUGCAUAAGUAUCUCUACCAAGAAGCAAGAUACCUUAAUGAAUUCAAAAGCCUUCAAAUCUGAUUAUCCAACAAGACACAUUGCCUUGUUCUCUAUUAACCUCUUGACCAUAAGCCACGAAGAGUUAUUCGAACUACUGCAGUCUUGCGGGGAGAUCAGAACUCUUCACCCUUUUUUUACAGAAGGGGUUACAAUAAUUUCUUAUUACAAGUAUAGCGAUGCCAUCAAAGCCUUGUCUAUCAUCAAAGACGGCUUCAGCCAUUCAUAUAAGGCUUGCUUUGCAAAACCUUGUUUGGAGCUCGCGUCUCAAAUUGGCGCAAUUCACUCUUUCUCGGAAGCUUGUGCGUCGAGCAACGUACAACUGGUGAAUCUUGAAUACGACGACGAGCGUAAAACAGAAAAAUUAUUUGCGCGUCUUAAUGGUGUGUCAAUUGAGGGCACAACUAUCAAAGUUCUUCCAGCGAGUAACAAUCUGUUUGAUUGUACUUGCAGUGAGGAUGUAUUCUCAAAAUUAAAAGAGCCUCCCACUUGCAAUAAGAAGCCAGUGAACUGGAGUAUUAUGUCUGCUCUUAAUCUUUCGGAGAACCAUACAUAUUUCUCUAAAGAUCUAUUCAGUGGGCUUCCUUUAUCUGUUGAAGACCCUCUAGUUUCAGGCCAUUCCUCUUCUUCAAGCUCCAACUGCAACCGUAAAAAUCCCGGUUCCAAGCCUUAUGUCUCUAGCUCAGACUACCCCUCAUUCCCAGAGGUCUCUGAUAAGACUACCGGUCCCUGUAAAGAAGAACCUAACUCUUCAAACCCACCUUCAUCUUGUUUGACUGCGGUUUCUGACGUUAUGUCAUCUAAAACAGAUGCAAAGUCUCCAGAAACUACAAUGAACGUCGAUAGCGCAUCAUCCUUAAAGAUCAGUGCCACAACAAACACUGUAUUGGUAUCACCAAAUGAUGUCACUACCAAGGACAAGAAAGGGCCAUCUGGAUCAACAGGUUGCAACAAGAACAAAUCUUAUUCGUCUGUUGUAAGUGCAGGGGUAAAAACAAAGGUAAAGCCUUCACUGCCUUUAGUUCCUUCAGCUUCUUCAGCUCCAUCAGCUCCAUCAGCUCCUGGUAAAGCUUCAUUUGAACUUGAUAUUAGUAAGGUGAUCACAAAGCAAGACACCCGAACAACAUUUAUGAUCCGCAACAUUCCCAAUAAAUACACCCAGGAAAUGAUCAUGAAUUUGAUUAAUGAAACCCACAAAAACUCAUAUGAUUUCUUUUAUCUCCGAAUGGACUUUAAAAACAAAUGUAAUAUGGGAUAUGCAUUUAUUAACUUCCUUGAUGCAAAGAGUGCAAUCAGCUUGCAUCAGGAACGUGGGGGCAAGAGAUGGAGCAAAUUCAAUUCGGAUAAGCGUUUUCAAUUAUCAUACGCAGCAAUCCAAGGAAAGAAGGCUCUAAUCAAAAAGUUCCAGAACUCUGAAGUGAUGGAACAAGAGCUCAAUUACCGCCCAAAAUUGUUUUAUUCUUCCGGCGCCUCAAAAGGAAAAGAGCAGCCUUUCCCGAGACCAACGGGGGAUGGUCAUAAGGCUAAGUCUUCUACUCGACGUCGUUGA